GCUAUAUUAAACAACCUAUUUUAUAUCUUGGCGCAGCUUACACUUCUAAAAAUGGGUCAUUCUAGUUGAGGAAGUUUUUAGAUUCAGGCCAGGUUGGUUUAAGUUUGGGUGUUUUGGUCCCAGUCUGAUAGUGUCUGAGGGAGUGCCAGUCAGUCAGUCACACAGAUGUGGACAGUUAGUCAAUGCUAGAGGCUGUAAAUCAUUAGUGUUAUGGGUUAUGUAGACAAAGGUCAGAGCAGAGAAUGAAAAGAGGCUGACUUAGAUUCCUGGCUGCCAUUGACUCAUUAUUAUCCUAGAGAUCAACAGUGUUGAGGGGAGGAGCUUACAAGUUUACAGGUUACAGCUGCAGCUUUACUCCGCUACAACACCCAGCCAUAAGAGGAGGCCUUGGCUCAGCAUGAGAGGCUAUGAGGAUAACACAGCCUUCCUGGGGGAGUGGGGACCCUUUCAACAGACUGUCUUCUUUCUGCUCUGUGCCAGCACCAUUCCCAAUGGAUUCAGCGCCUUCUCCGUCAUCUUUCUAGGGGACAGCCCCCCGCACCACUGUUUUGUCCCAGACUCGGGCAACCUGAGUGAGGGAUGGAGGAAGGCCAUCAUUCCCAUUGAGGUGGUGAACGGACAGGAGAAGGAGAGCAAGUGCAGCAGAUACAGGCUGGAUGUGGUCAGAAACCUGUCUGCUCUGGGCUACAUCCCCGGCCUGGACGUCAACCUCACUGGGGUGGAGCAGGAGUGCUGUGUGGAUGGAUGGAGCUACAGCAAAGAUAUAUACCAGUCCACCAUAGUCACUGAGUUUGACUUAGUGUGCAAUGACAAAUGGAAGCAGCCAUUUACUUCCUCUGUGUACUUCCUUGGGGUGCUGUGUGGCUCCUUCUUCUCUGGACAGCUCUCUGACCGGUUUGGGCGAAAGCCUGUCCUUUUUGUGACCAUGGCAGUCCAGACACUCUUUACCUUUGUUCAAGUCUUUUCUCAGUCCUGGGAAAUGUUCUCAGUCCUCUUCUUCAUUGUGGGACUGGGGCAAAUAUCCAACUAUGUGGCAGCGUUCGUAUUGGGCACAGAAAUCUUGACGGCCACAGUGCGUGUCCUAUACGUUACACUGGGGGUGUGUCUGUUCUUUGCCUUCGGCUACAUGAUGCUGCCUCUCCUGGCAUUCUUCAUCCGGGACUGGAGGUCGCUCCUUCUGGUUAUGUCUGUGCCUGGCCUGGUAUACAUCCCCCUCUGGUGGUUCAUCCCAGAGUCUCCCAGAUGGUUGCUCUCUCAGGGAAGAGUGGAGGAGGCUGAGGCCAUACUGAGAGACGCUGCCAGGAGGAACAGAGUCACAGCACCAGAGGUCAUCUUUGAGGAGUCAGAGGGUGAAGAGAAACCUAAACCAGAGGAACAUCACAGUCCUCUGGACCUCCUGAAGACUAGCAACAUUCGUAAAAUCACCCUCAUAUUGGCUCUAGUGUGGUUCACCCUGAGUAUGGGCUACUUCGCCAUAUCCCUGAACACAUCCCGUCUCCAUGGAGACCCCUACGUGAACUGUUUCAUCUCUGCUGCCAUCGAGGUGCCUGCUUACGUCAUCAGCUGGCUCUUCUUGCGCUACCUACCCAGGAGGAUAUCUGCCUCCGCUAGCAUGCUGCUAGGAGGGGGAGCUCUCUACUUCAUCCAGCUGGUACCGCCAAGUCUACCUAGCCUAUCCAUAGCCCUGGAGAUGUUGGGUAAAUUUGGCAUGGCCAUUGGUACUGCACUGAUGUAUGCCUACACUGGAGAGCUGUAUCCCACAGUGAUCAAGAACACUGCGCUAGGCUCCUGUGCCAUGAUCUCUAGGGUAGGCAGUAUCAUCACUCCCUACAUCAUGACCUUGAGUACCUAUUAUAAGUAUUUGCCAUACAUUUUACUGGGGAGUCUUCUUGUCCUGUCAGCUAUGGCCAUUCCUCUUUUACCAGAGAGCUUUGGCCAUCCUCUACCAGAGACCAUUAAGCAGAUGCACAAACGAAAGUGGCUAAAAUGCCCAUCUCAGAAGAGGAUGAGAGACCACCUGAACAGCCCAAGGAUGAAGCCAAAUGACACUAGAUUGUAAUUACUUUAUAACUGCUUUGAAAAUACACUAAAGGUAUGUGGACACCGUUUCAAAUGAGUGGAUAUGGCUAUUUCAGCCACACCGGUUUCUGACACGUGUAUACAACUAAGCAAACACCCAUGCAAUCUCCAUAGACAAACAUUGACAGUAGAAUGGCUGUCAACGUGGCACCAUCAUAGGAUACCACCUUUCCAACAAGUCAGUUCAUCAAAUUUCUGCCCUGCUCAACUGUAAGUGUUGUUAUUGUGAAGUGGAAAUAUCUAGGAGCAACAACGGCUCAGCCGUGAAGUGGUAAGCCACACAAGAACUGUUCGUCGGGAGCUUAAUGAAAUGGGUUUCCAUGGCCAAGCAGCUGCACACAAGCCUGAGAUCACCAUGUUUAAUGCCAAGCGUCGCUGGAGUGGUGUAAAGGUCGCCGCCAGUGGACUCUGGCGCAGUGGAAACGCUUUCUCUGGAGUGGUGAAUCACGCUUCACCAUCUGGCAGUCCGACAGACGAAUCUGGGUUUGGCGGAUGCCAGGAGAACGCUACCUACCCCAAUGCAUAGUGCCAACUGUAAAGUUUGGUGGAUGAGGAAUAAUGGUCUGGACCUGUUUUUCAUGGUUUGGGCUAGGCCCCUUAGUUCCAGUGAAGGGAAAUAUUAAUGCUAAAAUGCACAAUUCUGUGCUUCCAACUUUGUGUCAACAGUUUGGGGAAGGCCCUUUCCUGUUUCAGCAUGACAAUGUCCCUGUGCACAAACAUUAGGUCCAUACAGAAAUGGUUUGUUGAGAUUGGUGUUCACUGGCCUGCACAGAGACCUGACGUCAACCCCAUCGAACACCUUUGAGAUUAAUUGGACUGCCGACCGCGACCAUGGCCUAAUCGCCCAACAUCAGUGCCCGACCUCAUUAAUGCUCUUGUGGCUGAAUGGAAGCCCUGUAGCAAUGUUCCAACAUCUAAUGGAAAGCCUCCCCAGAAGAGUGGAUGCUGUUAUACCAGCAAAGGGGGACCAAAUCCCUAUUAAUGCCCAUGAUUUUGGAAUGAGAGGUUCAAUGAGCAAGUGUCCACAUACUUUUGGCCAUACAGUGUAUUUUUAUUUGGUGUUUUGUCCAGUGUAAAUACACGUAAUUUUUCUUAUUUUGUAUUGCAUUGAUCAAGCCAUAUAUUGUAUAAGACAAGUGUUUAUUGUUGGCUUUCAUAUGAAUGUCUUCAUAGCGUGUUGAUAGAAAACAUUUGACACUUUGCUUAACCUAGAUGAAGGAAAAAGAGUCAUUUUAAAUUAAAUGUAGGACAUCUUUCGAGGAGAGGCUUUGAUACCAAGAGCCUGCCAAUGGAAUUUUGAAUUUAUUAUUUGGUUGUCAAAAAGCCAAGAAAACACUCCUGGCCUCCCGACACUGCAUCACAGUGCUAGCUGUGCCACUAGAGAUACUAGUUCAAGUCCAGGCUCUGUCGCAGCUGGCCACAACUGGGAGAUCCAUGGGGCGGUGCACAAUUGGCCCAUCUUCAUGAGGGUUUGGCCGACAGGGAUGUUCUUGUCCCAUCGCGCACUCGCGACUCCUGUGGUGGGCCGGUCGCAAUGCACGCUGACACGGUCGCCAGGUGUACGGUGUUUCCUCCGACACAUUGGUGCGGCUGGCUUCCGGGUUAAGCGGGCAUUGUAUCAAGAAGCAGUGCAGCUUGGCUGGGUUGUGUUUCAGAGGACGCACGGCUCUCGACCUUCGCCUCUCCCGAAUACGUACAGGAGUUGCAGCGAUGGAACAAGACUGUAACUACCAAUUGGACACCACAACAUUUUUUAAGACACUUACACCAAUUCUCAAUGUAAGAACAAAAACUCUGUUCAAACUCUAAUAUAUACAGUACUAGUCAAAUGUUUGGACACACCUACUCAUUCAAGGGUUUUUCUUUAUUUUUACUAUUUUCUACAUAUUUUGGUUACUACAUGAUUCCAUUCUACAAUGUCAAAAAUUGUGAAAAUAAAUAAAAACCCUUGAAUGAGUAGAUGUGUUCAACCUUUUGACUGGUACUUAUAUAUUACAAAUAUAUAUUUGCUGUCUUUAUGUUGAUAAGAAAACAAAAACAAAAAACAUGAGCUGGCCCACACCCAGAACAAUAGUUUGUGUGGAGGUGAUGACUAACGGCGAAUAAACUAUAAACUAUCACAAUAAAAUAAGUUGUACACUCCUCGUAUAAUCUUUAUUUAAUGGAUAUUUACCAACAUUUCGGCAUCACUGCCUUCCUCAUGGUAAUGUCAUGAAUACUUGAACCAGGUUAUGUAGACAAACAGUGCAAUUAGUGUAACCAAUGACAAUAGUGAGGGGUGUGUCAUAAUGGUUAAGUUAAUUAAAAUUAAUGAAACUGUUAAAAAUAGUAUAUGGCAUAUUAAAUAUAUUAUGCUAUUGUUAUCAUAUAGAAACAUAAUGGAAUAUUGUACAUCAUAUUAGCAUCAACAUACAUUAUUGUUUCAUUCAAUUUCACAUAAUCAUUUUGUAUAUCAUUUUUGUUACAUGUAAUCUGUUGGUUCAACCUUAAUAUAUAAAUGUUUAUGUUGAUAACA